AUGACGUCCUUUAAGCAGGUCCAGCAGCUCAACGCUUCUCCAGACGAAACUUGGUCUCCUGACGAGGGUCGGGGUCCACGGUGUCCAAUAAAUGGAUCCAUGAACGAGGACAGGAGUUCACGGAGUUCACAGCCUCACGGAGACCGACUAACCAGACUCUCCUCCUUCAUCUCAGAUGUCCUCCUCCUCAUCCUCAGCCAUCUAGACUGGAGUGAUAUCCGUCACCAAGACAAGAGCCUACCCAGUGGAGUGUACACCAUCUACCCCGCUGGAGAAAGGUCUGCUGUCCAGGUGUACUGCGACAUGGAGUCAGAAGGAGCACAGUGGACGGUGAUUUGUACAUGUGUAUAUAUAGCGCGUGCGUGUGUGUGUGUAGGCUCAGAUCUUGACAACAUCCACUACCUGACACGCAACCAAAAAUAUGAGCUGCUGGUCGACAUGGAGGACUUUGAGGGGAAAAAAGUGUUUGCUCGGUACUAUUCAUUCGCAGUUGAUUCAGAACAUGAAGGAUAUCUGCUGAAUGUAUUUGGAUUCAUCAAUGGGGGGGCGGGAGACUCCUUGCGUUCUCACGACGGACAGAAGUUCUCCACUUUCGACAAAGACCAGGACUCCUGGUCUGGCAACUGUGCCAGAUUAUACCUGGGGGCGUUCUGGUACAAUGCUUGUCACCAUGCAAACCCCAACGGGGUUUAUCAUUGGGGGGCUGACAAGACUCUCUUUGCUGUUGGAGUGGAGUGUUUUUUUUGGAAAGGUAAUGAUUACUCCCUGAAGACCAUCAGCAUGAAGAUCCGUCGAGUGCAGUAA